AUGAACGGUUCCUUUUUUUUUUCUCAUUUUAAAGAAUUCACAAUAAGAAAUACAAAUUAUUUUUUGUGUGAAGAAUCAAAAAAGAGUUAUAAAAGUUGUAUUGUAUGGUAUAUGAACCAUUAUCAACGUUUUAGUGGAUCGAUAAGAAGAUAUUCAAAUGCGUUGGGGCAAUUAAUUGACCGGAAAAAAAGAAACUUGGUAAAUAUAGAAAAGGGUAAUGAAAUUUUGAAAAGUUAUAAAAGAGUUAACUUAAAGAAGAUAUUGAAGGAUGGUGAUAAAAAAAAGGAAAUUUACGAAAAUGAUAAUAUUUUAAGUGAUAAUAUUAGAGGUGAUAAUAAUAUAAGUGAUAAUAUUAGAGGUGAUAAUAAUAUAAGUGAUAAUAUUUUAAGUGAUAAUAUUGUUAAUGACAAGAUUAAGUAUGAUAAAGGCGAAAGGUGGAUAAAUGAAAAUGUGUUGAAAAAAGAGGAAGGAAAAGAUAAUGAGAAUUUGGAUUAUUUUAAUGAUAAGAAUAAGAGGAAUAAUAAUAAAAAUAUUAUGAAUAUAGAAAAUAAGAAUAUUUAUAAUAUAAAUACAAAUAGUAAUACAUUUUCUACACAUAAUCAUAUAAAUGAUGAAAAUGUAAAAGAUUCGGUGGAUGAAUUAUUUUGUACAAAAGAAAAGAAAAAACAAUUAAUGAAAAGAAUUAUAUUUCAGAAUAAUCAUGAUUAUAUGCAUUUAAUUGAAAGAUACGAAGAAUAUAAAGUAAAACAAGAAGAUGAAUUUUAUAAUUCCAAUAAUGAUAAAAAUGAGGAGGAAUGCUCAUCUUACCCUUCUUUUAUUAAAAAAAAAGAAGAAAAAAAAAGUAAUGAUGAUAACAAUAAUAAUGUAAAUGAAAAAAAAAUGUGUGAAGAAGAAAAUUUUAAAUGUAAAGAAAAGAAUAGUAAUAAUGAUGUACAUUAUUAUUUAUAUGAAGUGGAUAAAGAUAAUGAAGAAUCUAAUGUAAAUAUGCAUUUUAAUUUUUUAAAAAACAAUUUAAACAUUUCUAUAUUUCCUGAGAUAGGAAAGAAGGAUAUAUUAGAAAGUUGUAAACGUAAGAAGAAUAUGCAAAAUGAAAUAAACAAAAAUAGUGAUAUAAAAAAUAUGUUUAAUAAUGAUAUUUAUUUUUGGACGAAAAGGAAAGUUCAUCGAGCUAUAGGUUGGGAUUUAAUCCCAGAUAAUUUGAAAAGGAAUGAUGAUAUAAUCGAUGUAUCAGAAUUGAGAUGUGGUCAUUUAGAAGGCUCUACAUAUGAAGAGGGAAAGGAAGAUAAUAAUAGAGAGGUAGGAUAUAAAGAUGAUAAUAAUAAGAUUCAUAAAACCAUGAAGCAACAUAUUAAUAAGGAUAUAGAACAAACCACAGGACAAGAAAAAAAUUCUAAUAUAAAAGGUAUAUCUGUUGAAGAAGAAAAUAUGUACCUGGGAGAAAAGAAAAAUGAUAUAAAUAUACUACAACGUGAUGAUAUAAAUAGCCAACGUGAUGAUAUAAAUAGCCAACGUGAUGAUAUAAAUAGCCAACGUGAUGAAAUAAAUUUAAAUAAGGAAGAACGUGAUAAAAAAAAAAUUAGUUACAUACAAAGGAGGGUUGCACCUUGUAAUUUUUUAAAAAAAUUGAAUAUAUAUAAAAGUGAUGCAACCCUUUUAAAUGAUGGUUCUUCUACUAUUCAAAUUAACAAAAAUGUAGAUGUGAUUUGUGAGGAGGAUAACAUAGAAAUAGAGAAAGAGCAAGAGCAAGAGCAAGAACAAGAAAAAAAAUAUGAACAAACAAACAAACAAACAAAUAAACAAAUGAAGGAAGAAAAAUUAAUUGAUAUAUUUUUAAAUAAUGAUAACAACUUGGCUAAUGUCAAAAAGGUGGAAUAUAUUAAGGCUGAGGUAAAUAAAGGAGACCAGAAGUUGGACAAGUUAGAUAUAAAAAAAGAGGAUGAUGAAUAUAACGAAAUUAUAGAGAUUGAUAGUUGUCAGAAUGAUAAUAUAAAAAAUAAGGACAAGAAUAGGAAAUAUAUGAAUGGUAGCUAUAAUAAUAUGAAUGAAGAGGAUAAGCAUUAUGAAGAUGAUGAUAAGACAUAUUAUGAAGGGAUUGUUGAUAAUAGUAAGAACGUAUUCAAAAAGAUGAAGGAGAAUUAUGAUAUGUUUAAGAAGAAUAAUAUAUCACCGUAUAUAUUAGAAGAUUGUGAAAAGUAUAUAAAUUAUUAUUAUGGUAUAGAGAAGGAGGAAAGGAUUAAAGAGCUGAGAAAAUACGCUGAUAUGGAUUUUUACGAGAUAAUGGGAAAUGGUAAUUUUGGCAUAGAGGAUUAUAAUAUGUUAAUUAAGAGUAAGAUAUUAUUUAAUAAAGAAGAGGAAGGUUUUCAUUAUUUUAAUUUAUUAAAAAAAUAUGAUAUAAGAAUAAAUAUAGAAACGUAUAACAGUUUAAUGUAUACAUGUAUAGUACAAAAGAAUGCAAAAUUGAGUAGGUUAAUAUAUUUACAGAUAAUAAAAGAUUUAUUUAUACCUAAUAAGAAUACAUUUUGUAUAUUAAUAAAAGCUCACAUAUUAGAUAAGGAUAUAAAAAGUGCAUUUCAUUUGUAUAGGAAAAUGAUAAAAGAGAAUAUUGAAGUAGAUAUAGUAAUUUAUUCAACUUUAAUAGAUGGAUUAAUAAAAAAUAAAUUAUAUAAACGAGCAGAACAGUUUUUUAAUUAUAUAGUUAAUUAUAAAAAUGUAGUACCAGAUGAAAUAUUAUAUACAAUAAUGAUAAAAAAUUGUGCGUAUAAUAGAGAAGCAGAAAAAUGUUUAAAUUAUUACGAGACUAUGUUAUCUCAUAAUUUAAGGAUAACCGAUAUAACUUUAAUAGAGAUAAUUAAUUGUUUAUCAAGGAGGGAAGAUUAUUUUUAUAAAGUGUUUUAUUUUUAUCAUAUAUAUUUAUCUAAUGACAUGAAAAUAAAUCAACGUUUAAUGUUAUAUAUGAUAAUGGCAUGUUCAAAUAAAGGAAAUAUAAAAAAAUUAAAGGAGAUAUUAAAGACUAUGAAUAAAAAUAAAAUCAAAAUAAGUGAUGAAAUGUAUUGUUAUAUUGUUAGAACGUUUGCUAAUAAUUGUAAGGAUAAGCGCGUUAGCUUAAGUGAGCGUCACAAUAAUAUAAAGUAUGCAUGGAGGAUUAUAUAUGACUUAUUGAAAGGUUCUUCCCAUAUGAAAAAAAAAGAUAAAGAAAAAAAAAAAGAUAAAGAUAAAGAUAAAGAUAUGGAUAAAGAUAUGGAUAAAGAUAUGGAUAAAGAUAAAGAUAUAGAUAUAGAUAAAGAUAUAGAUAAACAAAAGGAUGAGAGACACCAGGAGAUGAUAAAUACAAAGGAACAUAUAAAAAAUAACCCUACUGAUGAUAAUAAAAAUAUUGAGAGUUUCAACAAAAAUGAUCAUAUCUCUUUUGAUAGAGUUAAUCAUUUGUAUAAAGGUACCGAGUUACAUUCUUAUACAUCACAUGAUUGUAUAAACACGAAAAUAUUAAACAGUCUUAUUUUAUUAUAUAUAAAUUGUGAAUAUUAUGAAUAUGCCAUAAAUAUGUUGAAAUAUUUUUCUUAUUUUGAAUGUGUACCAGAUUAUUAUACUUUCAAUAUGUUAUUCAAUAUGUUAUAUUACAAAAUGAAGGAUUAUGGUAAGGUGUUAUGUUUAUAUGAUUAUAUGAUAAAUAACACACAAAACAAACCUAAUGAAAAAAUAUGGAACUUAAUAUUAAAUUGCGCUAUACAAACAAAAUCAUCAAAAAAUACUUUGUUUAUAUUACGUCAGAUGUAUACAUAUAAAAUAUAUCCCUCUCCUAAAAUGGUAAAAAAAUUAUACCAUGUGGGAAGAUAUAUAACGGAGAUACAAUUAUUGAUUAAUAGUAUGAUAUGUCAACAAAAGAAAGACAUAUAUGAAGUAAAUUUGAAGGAAAAUCAGUUAAUUCAAUUAAAUAUAGAUGAGUACGAAUUAAAUUUAUUUAAAGAAGGAAAAACAUUCAAAAGUAAAACACCUUUAGAUGAAGUUAGAGAACAAUUCUUUAAACGAAAGCAAAGAUUGGAGAAGGAAAAAAGAAUGUCUAAGAAUAAAAAAUCUUCAGAUUGGUUACCAUAUGGUCAAUAUUUACAAAGUAAAAAGAAGGGUGGUGAGAUCUAUGCCAAAAGGGUGGAUAGGCCUCGACCGUUAGCAUUUGACGACUGA